UUGUGCAGAUUCAGUCUGGCUAGCCAGCGGGUGGGAAUCGACAGUCCGGCGCAGUCCCUCCGGCAGCUGUCUGCCAUCUCUUCGACUUAGGUGGGGAACCAGCGCAGCAAGCCCGGGAGGAUGCAGCGCCCGCUGUGGCUCGGGGGCUUCCGGGGGCUCUGGCUGCUCGUCUGCUUCCUGCUGCUGAACAGCCACCAGGGGGGCUCCAGCGACGUUAGUGGUCACGGUCAGGAGGAAACCUGGGAUGGUCAGAGCCAAGUGGGAGUGGGGCAGCUCUGGCCCCUCCCAGGAUUUACCACCCCCAUCUUCAAGCACUUCCAAGUUUUACUCCAGCAGAUUAUGCCCCACGAUUUGUUCUGGAAGGAUGACAUGACCCAGGAAGUGAUGACCCAGAAGAUGGGUCACACCAGCAAACUCCAUCCUGAGGAUCCAUGUGUGAGGAGUGGGCCAGCAGCCUUGCCCACCAGAACCCCGGGGGUGAGGGGCAAGCAAGAGGAGAAACUUCGACUCCUGUUCCCCAAGAGCCCAAUGGUCAAGGUGAACAAGGAUCAAUGCUUUACCUCCAAAGUGGUUUCAAAGGCUCUGAAACGUGAGGUGGCUAACCCAGUCAAGGGCUUCUUUGAGUCGCCCCCCACUGUGGGCCACAACCUUGUCGCUGACUGAGACCUCAUGUGAAGCCUCUUUGCCCCAGUGCCCUCCUCAUUGCCUUCCAGAGGGGCAGUUCCAGGAUGAUCAAAACCUGGAUCAAUAAAGUGACUUUGAUGCAAA